CGGCAGGAUUGCUGCAGGCACAUCGCACAUGGGACACUUGCUCGUGAUUUUCCGGCUACGUGCGUGGACGACUUCUCAUCUCCUGACCCGGCCGCGUCGCGCUGCCGACUGCGUUUAGUUAAACACGCACCUUCCCCUAAUCCUCCAUCCACAGACGAGCACACAUGCUUCCUUCGUCUUCUUCGCGUGCUGGCGCUGGCGUAGCUCUUCGCUGUUAAACGCGGCUGCGGCUGCGGCAACCUCAGUCAGUCAACAGCGAACAUAGCUACAGUUUGCUUCCUUCUUUGGUUUUCGAUCGGUCUACUGCGCGCGCGCGUUUGUGUGGAGGAGUUUUGUCAUGGCCAGGUCAUGGCUGGCCGGCCUGCGGUCUCGGCUCGGCGGCGGCGCCAGGCAGGACGGGCUCGGCAUCCUGGCCUUCGAGGCCGCGGCGGCCAUGUCGCGCCUGGUCUCGCUCCACCUCUCGCUCUCCGACGCGGAGGUCAGGAGGCUCCGCGCCGACGUGCUGCGCGCCGAGGGCGUCGCGCGCCUCACGUCCACGGACCAGUCCCGCCUGCUCCGCCUCACGUGCGCCGAGCUCAUGGCGGGCCUCGACCGCGCCGCCGACGACGCCGCGCGCCUCGGGGCGCGCUGCCGCGGGCUGCCGGACGCGCCCUUCCUCCACAACUUCGACCGCGUCUACGCCGACGCGAAGCGGGGAGCCGGCCUCGCGCGGCUGGACGCCACCGUCGGGUUCUCCAGGGGCGCCGGGAAGCGGUUCAAGAAGAUGGAGCGGCACGUGGCCGCCACGGCGAAGCUGUACGCGGAGAUGGACGCGCUCACCGAGCUGGAGGCGUCGGAGCGGCGGAUGGAGCAGUGGAAGCAGCACAGCGGGCCCAUCCCCGUGCAGUCCUCCAAGCGGCAGCCCGCGGACGAGCCAAGCGAGAAGCUGAUGGGCGAGCUCAGGUUGCAGCGGCAGAAGGUGCGGCGACUCACGGAGGGCUCGCUCUGGAGCGUCGCCGCCCACAAGGUGGCCAAGCUCAUGGCCAAGUCGGUGCUCGCCGUGCUCGCGCGCGUCUCCCUUGCCUUCGGCGCGUUAGUGCCGGGAUUGCCACCUCCGUUGACAGGCCGGGGAUGGGCGCUCGGCCACUCGUCUGGCCCCAUGCACCAGUCGACGGCGCCCGACGCGGCGAUCCGGCACUCGGCUCCGAUCUUCCGACAAAAAGACACGGCCUCGACAUCGUCAGAGUCACUCAAGCCGCCUGCGACCACCGUCGGCGGCUCGGGGAUGGAACUGCGUUACGCGAACGUGAUCUUGUCCGCCGAGACGCUGCUCAAGGUGCUGAGGCCGGCGAUCCGCAAUGAGGAGGCGCAUGACGGGAUGACGGAGCUGGCGAUGAGAGACGAGCUGUACAAGAUGCUGCCCGUGACCAUACGCGCGGCAGUGAAUGAGAAGCUGAGGGAGAGGCUGAGAGGAGGGCAGGUGGACGAGGAGGCCGCCGCGACAGCGAUGGACGCCGUGGACGGAGUGCUGCGGUGGUUGGGGCCAAUGGCGCAUGACACGCUGCGGUGGCAGGACGAGAGGAGCAUGGAGCGGAAGCAACGGUUCAGCAUGCAGCCGCGCGCGCCGAUGGUGCAGACGCUGCAUUUCGCGGACCGUCGGAAGGCGGACGCUGCCAUCGUCGAGGUGCUCGUUGGUCUCAGCAGUAUGUGCUGGUACGACGAUCAACGGCGGCGGCCGGCUGACUGGAACGAGUAGCCGGCCUGGUCAACGACGAUGCGCAGCUCAUCAUGUGUAAAUGUGUAGAUACUGUAUACGUGUAGGAAAGUCAUUUGUAUACAUCCACAAGAUCAUUGAUGGCACGUGUUGUUGUGUCAAUAUAUUUUUCCAACGAUGAAAGAAUUUUUAUAAAUAUAUAGUCAUAAAACAUAGUGGCACAAAAGCAUUAAAGUUACA